AUGAAAGGCGAAAGCCUCGGAAAAAUCUUCAGCCAACGAGCCAAAGAAGGAGAAUCUGCACCUUACCUGGGCAGUUAUGAAUCCUACACUCCGCUCACCCUCCCGCGCACCAAGAUUUACAGCGUGAUGAAAGGAGAGCAGAGUUACCGAAAGCCGAGACCACUUCCUCAGUGGUAUCAGCAGAAAAAUAAGAACCUUUGGUGUGAAUUCCUUGAGUCACCUAGACACAACACCGAUGAAUGCAUCCAGCUGAAGGACCAAAUCGAGGAUAUGGUCCGGAAGGGAUACUUGAAAAAUAAUAUCGCGGAUCACUGCGAGAAAAAAGGGCUGAGAAGUCUGAGAAAGACUCUCGGCAAGAGCUGGACUUCCCCCGGAAUAGCAACAAUAAGACUUCGGAGGAAAAAUUUGCCCAAUACAUGUUAUUUCCGGAGGGACAUUUCUCGAAGGGAGCGUAAGCGUCACCUGAUGGCUCUGACCCAUCAGGUGAACAAUGCUGAUGUCCAACCUCCUCAGUUGCCAACACCGAACAUGACGUUCUCAGCUGCCGACUGCCAGGGGGUGACAUUCCCUCACAAGGACCAUUUGGUGAUUGUUGCUACAAUUGCCAACCACGAUGUCUCUAGGACUCUCGUGGAUGGAGUCAGCGGAGCAAACAUUUUGUUCUUGGAGGGUUAA